AAAACACAGAAAUCAGUUAACGUGCACUUGUCUAUGGCCUGGUUAUUGCACGAAAGCAGCAUUCUUACAUAGUUUCUCCAAACAUACUUUAGAAGGGUGUCUGCCGCCCCUCGAAAGUGAAAAACAAGUCACGAAACACGUGUCACGUGUUAAUUGAUGGGUAGAAAUCGAAUUUUGGUUGGUUGUACUGCAAACAGCUGAUUUAUUGCCAAAAAAACUAGUUUGGAACUGCAUCGUCAUUCUAGUAGUGAACUUGGCUGCAUUCACAAGUGCCUGCACCGUUGUCUUUUUGUAUUUUGGUGACUUUUUGUGGGUGAAAAUAAAUCAAUACAUUGCACUGAGGAUGGCAGUUUGGGGCAAGAUCAAAAUCACCAGUAGUGGAAAGAACACUGCUUCUAUCCAACCUGCACCGAUCUUGAGAUUUUCCGAAACCCUAGCCAAUGCGCUGGGAAAUCGCAAAGCCAAGUACAAGGACGUCUCGAAGGACCUCAACAAAUUGAUCAACAAGGAAGAGGAAGAGUCUCCGAUCGCAGCGAAGCCCCCUUUCGACGUAGAGCGCAUUAAGCUGGUGAUGCAGCGAAUAAUUCGGCAGCAGUUUAACCUCAAGGACGAGGACGGAGAUCCCAUCAAAUACGUUUACAACCCGGCCAAGAAUCUCGAGUUGAGUCAGAAGAUUGCAAAGGCGAUUCAGGACAGGGUGCGAUCUUACAACUACUCGCGGUAUAGAAUAGUGAGCUUUUGUUCGGUAAUCGAGAAGGAAAAUCAGGGCAUCAGUUACAAAAUGAAGUACGCCAUCGAUCCGUACUUGGACAACUACGCGCAGUAUGUGCAUGACAUGGCCAAGUUUUGGGUAAUUGCCACCGUGCUGCUGGUGCACAAGGAUUAGAGUAU